AAAAUAGAAAAUAAAUAUAAAAAAAAAAGACAAACACGCACACAGCUGCAGAGAUUGUGGCUGAGUUUUGAGGUUGUUGUCGGGCAUUGUUGUUGUCGUUGUUCUUGUUGUUGUAGUUGUUGUUGUCAUUGUUGUCGUCGCUUCGUCGCCUGUGCCACACGGCAUAAAUAUUUAUGUUGACGUACUUACCUGCGGCGCUGCAACGUCGCUAAUGAAGCGCACAAAAUGAAUGUGAAAGGACAUAAUUAUGCUUAUGUUUUACGUGUUAAGUGCUUGGCAAGCACGAUUAAGGCGCUUUAUCACCCGCAACAACGGCAGCAACACGAACGACAGCAGCGGCCACUGAAACAAAAUCAACAGCAACAGCUGCGACGCCAGCAACAUCAGCAGCAGCAGCAACAAAGGCGCUUACGGCGAGCCUUGUCGCAGCAACAACAGAAGCAGCAGCAGCAGCAGAAGCAGCAACAGCAACUGUUUUAAGCACUCGCACAUACAUUGACACGCCCACCGGCAAAAGUGGGCGUUAAGUAACAAGCAGCAACAACAAAAAUAACAACAACAGCAACCCGUGUACAAUAUGCUGAGCACAAUGACAACGCCAGCCACAAUGCUCGAGUUUGGGGCAAUUGGUGAUGUUCCAAGCAUUUUGGAAAUAGAACUGCCAGCAAUAUUGUUCAAUGAGAGCCUCUUCAUUGAACUGAAUGGCAGCCUGACCCAGCUGGAUGGCAGCAACAUUAACCAAAACAACUGGAACAUUAUCAACAGCAGCAAUAUCAGCAGCACCAGCAGCAGCAACAUCACCAGCAACAGCAGCAACAUCAGCAUCAGCAGUAGCAGCAGCAACAACAGCAGCAGCAGUGUCAGCAACAGCAGCAAUGCUGGCGUUAACAUAACCCAACUGGAGGAGGCGCAACGUGCCGCCAAUGAGCGUGCCGCAGCCGAGUUCUGGCUGCUGGUCAAAAUGAUUGCUAUGACCGUUGUGCUGGGCCUAAUGAUACUCGUCACCAUUAUAGGCAAUGUAUUUGUGAUUGCUGCCAUUAUACUGGAACGCAACUUGCAAAAUGUAGCUAAUUAUUUGGUCGCAUCUCUGGCAGUUGCUGAUUUAUUUGUUGCCUGUCUCGUCAUGCCGCUUGGCGCCGUCUACGAGAUAAGCAAUGGCUGGAUUUUGGGACCGGAACUCUGCGACAUUUGGACAUCGUGCGAUGUGCUCUGCUGCACGGCAUCCAUACUGCACCUGGUGGCCAUAGCAGCGGACAGAUACUGGACCGUUACGAACAUUGAUUACAACAAUUUGCGUACGCCCCGGCGUGUCUUCAUUAUGAUAUUCUGCGUGUGGUUUGCCGCUUUGAUAGUGUCGCUGGCACCGCAGUUUGGCUGGAAGGAUCCGGAUUACAUGAAGCGCAUCGAGGAGCAGAAUUGCAUGGUCUCGCAGGAUGUGGCCUAUCAGAUAUUUGCCACAUGUUGUACGUUUUAUGUGCCGCUGCUGGUCAUUUUGUUUUUGUACUGGAAAAUCUAUUUGAUUGCAAGGAAGCGCAUUCAGCGUCGCACACAAAAGUCCUUCAAUGUGACGCUAACUGAAACCGAGUGCGAUUCUACGGCUCGUGACGUGCACAAGGAGCGCGGCAAACGGCGCGUGGCAAAGCGUGAACAGGAACGCGCAUUACAAGACACAGAAAAUGGCAUCGGGCAGCUGCAGCGACGCCCACGUAAACGCAUGAAGAUUUGCUUUGGACGCAACUCGAACACGGCCAACAUUAGAGCUGGCUCUGAGGGCGCAGUGGCCCGCUCGAUGGCCGCAAUCGCCGUGGACUUUGCCAGUUUGGCGAUAACGCGCGAGGAGACGGAGUUCAGCACCAGCAACUACGACAACAAGAGCCAUGCGGGCACCGAGCUUACGACCAUAUCCAGCGAUGCGGAUGACUAUCGCACGAGCAAUGCUAACGAAAUCAUAACGCUCUCCCAGCAGGUGUCCAGCACCACACAGCAGCAUCUAAUAGCUUCCCAUUUGAAUGCCAUUACACCGCUGGCGCAGUCCAUCGCCAUGGGUGGUAUUGCAGCCAGCAAGCAGACGGCAGCAACAGCAGCAGCAGCAGGAGGCGGCAAUAGUCCCAUUGAAGCUGGUGUUGGCAAGGGUGUACUGGCCAGCAUUGCCAAUCCACACCAGAAGCUGGCCAAGCGACGCCAGCUGUUGGAGGCGAAACGGGAACGGAAGGCAGCGCAAACAUUGGCCAUCAUCACCGGCGCCUUUGUCAUCUGUUGGCUACCCUUCUUUGUUAUGGCGCUCACAAUGAGCCUGUGCAAGGACUGCGAAAUUCAUCCAGCAGUUGCAUCCCUCAUUCUCUGGCUGGGCUACUUCAACUCCACGCUCAAUCCGGUCAUCUAUACCAUCUUCAAUCCAGAGUUCCGACGCGCCUUUAAGCGCAUUCUAUUCGGCCGAAAGAAUGCGGCACGGGCGCGCAGUGCGAAAAUUUGAUUUCAACUGAAAACCAACGAGGACCAGUAUCUGUAAGCUCCUAACAAAAGGUGAAAGCGAAAGUUACUAAACUAUGGCACAUGCAUUAAGGCCCCAAACAAAUAUAGACUCAACAGAUUUCAACUCAGACACCAAACGAUAAAGUGGUAUGUAAAUACAAACGAUAAGAUAAAUGUAUAUGGAAAUGGUAAUAUGGAAUAUGGAAUUGACAUUGGGAUUGCAUUAGAUUAUAGAUUAGUUAGGCAUAUUUGUAGUUGUAGUUGUAGCGCGUUUAACGAUGUUUUAGCAGCGACAAUCCUAAGUACAUGUACUCUAUAAGUAAUUCCUAACCUACCUUAACGAGUAACACACACGUGCCCCAAAAUAGCAACCGCAAAACCAAGAAACCAACAAGCAAAUAAAUAAAAUACAAACAAUUUUUAUAUGUUAUAUAGAAGUGUUAGCCGUAAGAACUCUCACACACAAAUACACACACAGAAUUGAUUGUAUUCGUAUACGUAUUGUAGUUAAUAUAUAUAAGUAUGUAUGUGUAUGUGUAAUUUAUAAUGUUUUUAAAGUCUUCCCUGUGUCUUAAAGAAUUGUGUAAAACUUAAAAUAUAUAGAUAUAUAAGCUUAGCAAGUUUGGAAGAUUGGCAAUAUUUGUUUAGUAUGCGUGUGUGUAGAGCAGAGUCUACAACAACCUGCCCAUAUCUUCCGUUAAUGAAAAGGCUGGGUCCAAAACUUUGUACGCUUUCAACUUCUGUGUUAGUUCCAUGUGUUGCGCGCCUAUAGCAUAAGCCCUGAAUAACUUUUGUUCGCGCUCAAUUAAUAAGCUUACAAAAUGAAAACAAAAAGAAAACCUAUAUAAUCGGCUUGCCGUAGAUUAAAUACUUUUGCAGACAGGUUUCAAAAAACAAAUCAACAUUCCAAUAAUUUUUUCUGGAGCAGUUAUACGACAUAGUAAUCCGCUGUUGCUCAAGUUUUUGGCGCAUAAUGAAAACUCAUAAUUGCAUUGUUUGAGCUAUUUUCUUAUAGCAACUAUAUGUUAUAGUGCUCUGAUCCACUCAACUACAAAGGAUCUAGGAUGAGUUUGAUGUGUACAAUUGAAAUCUAAAUUUAGUACUUUCUUACUUCAAUAUGUUAUGCAAUGUCACAACUAAAUAUAUGACCUUCUGCAAGGGUAUAAUCAAGGUAAUAUUUUAAUUAGGCACGUCGCAACAUAAUUUGUAACGAAUUUACACAAACAUACACACACAAUUUUAAUAUCUGAGUGUGCAAAUACCUGAGCAAAAAAAAUUAAAAAAACAUAAAGACGCAAAAUUCAAAAUAUAUUGUCUGCUGUAAUUGCAUAAUCAAACAAUGUGAGAAUCUUUGUUAUACGACUAACUAGCAAAUGCGUUCAUGCACCCAUUUAUGCACAUGAUGAUGAUGCAUGUGUGAGUAGCACUCACAGUUGGUGAAUAACAAAAAGUCAAACUUUUGUUAAAUAUUCCCCGAACUACGUAAGCGAACUGGCAACUAUAGUGGCAUAUAACCAAAAAUACAAAAACCAAAAAAACCGCAAAGUGCUGAAACGGACAACAUUUACACACAAGCACACACACACACACCUAUCUAUAUAUAUGUGUAUAUAUAUAUAUAUAUAUAUAUAUACUAUGUAUUUGAAUUUUUGUUCAUAUUGCAAAUGAACUUGCAGCUUGGCAACUAACUGUGCAACAACAAUUGAUAUUAGCAGUUGGCUGCAGCUGUGGCAGUUGCAGCAACUAAUACGAAUACGCUUCGAUGUGCAUAUUAAAUGAUUGUAUACUUUAUAAAUCAUAUGCUAUAUAUAUAUACUCGUACUACUCAUAUGUUUAGCUAGUAAGUACUAGUUGGUAAGCCUUGCAUAUGUAUGUGUUUAUGUGUGUAUAUUUGUAAUUGUCUGCGUGUCAUUGCAAUUUCUCGAUGUGUACUUGAUGUCAAAGUUAUUAAAAUUGUGUUUUAUCAAG